UUUUUUCUUUUUUUUUUUUUUUUUUUUUUUUUUUUUUUUUUUUUUUUUUUUUUUUUUUUUUUUUUUUUUUUCUUUUUUUUUUUCUUUUUUUUUUUUUUUUUUUUUUUUUUUUUUUCAGGCCGUGCAAUUCAGACAUAUUUGGUGAAUAAAUACGCUCCGGACAGCAAUCUUUAUCCUAAGGACCCACAGGCGAGAGCGGUAGUGGACCGACUCUUGUAUUUCGAUAUUGGAACUCUCUACAAAGCUGAAGCAGAAUAUUUAUAUCCUCAGCUUUUCCAAGGUAAACCUGCCGAUCCCGAAAAGGAUGAGGUUUUCAAGAAGGCUUUAAGAUUUUUGGAGCAAUUUUUGUCCAAAAAUGAUUACGUAGCUGGAAAUAACAUCACGCUUGCGGAUCUCUCAGUCGUUGCAAGUCUGUCUUUUGCUGCUGAGCUUGCUGACUACAGUUUCGAUGAAUUCCCAAAAGUCAACGCAUGGUACCAGAAGGUGAAAUCCGAAAUUCCUGGCUACAAGGAAAUCAACGAUGAACCUUUACAGCAAUUCAAACAAAUCCUGAAGUCAAAGAAAUAAACAUGUUUAGGAUUUCACACUUUAAUGAUUUCGCAGUCAGUUUCCCGCAUUUUUGAAAAGCACCAAACAUGUCAAUUUUACCAUUGAAAUGCUGAUAAUGUCUUGUUAUAUUUCGAUUUAUAAUAAAGGUCAAGUACUACCACUCA